UUUCACUAUAUCAACGGAAACGGACGCUACCAAACCUGCCAGGAGCAUAUCAUCGAGGACGUCUCUACCCCAAAACAAGAAUAUCAAAAUGUCUACAGAAGGAGAUAAUGUGCCCCAAGUCGACGAGGUCGUCGCUGUCGAGGAGGAAACCGUUGCCACCACCAACGAGAUUUCCGUUGAGGACGCUUUGAAGGAAGUUUUGAAGCGUGCUCUCGUUCACGACGGUCUUGCCCGCGGUAUCCGUGAGGCUUCCAAGGCCCUCGACCGCCGCCAAGCCCAUCUCUGCGUCUUGUGCGAGUCUUGCGACCAAGAGGCUUACGUUAAGCUCGUCGAGGCUCUUUGCGCUGAGUCCCAAACUCCCUUGAUCAAGGUCUCUGACCCCAAGACUUUGGGUGAGUGGGCUGGUCUCUGUGUCCUUGACCGUGACGGUAACGCCCGUAAGGUUGUCGGCUGCUCCUGCGUCGCCGUCACCGACUACGGUGAGGAUUCCGCUGCUCUCCAAACCUUGUUGUCCAGCUUCUCUGCUUAGAUAGACUGAGCGAUGCAACAAUACAUUGGUAGUAGCCUAUA